ACUACACAUUCUUGACCAAAUAUGUUUAAAGAACUUCAUUGCAUUUCUCUUCUUACCACAAUCUCCUUUUUCAUCCUCUUGCUAUCCACAAAAUCUCAUGCUGCUGGUAGCAUCUCUAUCUAUUGGGGCCAAAACGGCUUCGAAGGAACCCUAAAUCAAACGUGUGCAACAGGCAGGUACAAGUUUGUUAAUGUUGCAUUCCUCAACAUAUUUGGGUCCGGUCAAACCCCGUCUCUAAACCUAGCUGGUCAUUGCAACCCAUCUACCGGUGGGUGCACCGGCGUAGGGCCACAAGUGGAUUAUUGCCAAUCUCUAGGGAUAAAGGUCAUGCUCUCUCUUGGAGGCGCGAUAGGAAACUAUGGCUUCUCCUCUAAGAAAGACGCGAUGGAUUUUGCAUGUUACCUUUGGGACAACUUCUUGGGUGGUACCUCGAGUUUUAGGCCUCUUGGUAACGCUGUGUUUGAUGGUAUCGACUUUGCUGUUGACCGAUCAAAGUCAACACUUUACUGGGAUGACCUGGCAAGAUAUGUAGCGCGUUAUAAUUUAUUAGGAAGAAAAAAGGUGUACCUAACGGCUGCACCUUUAUGUCCGUACCCUAACAAAUAUUUGGACAUGGCACUUAGGACAAGGUUGUUUGAUUAUGUUUGGGUCCAAUUUUUUGGACACCCGUCAUGCCAAUUUAAUGGAGAUAUUACAAAUCUUAUAAAUUCAUGGAAUAUGUGGUCUUCGACCGGAUAUAUAAGGAGAAUCUUUAUGGGGUUGCCGGCGGCGGCGUGGGAGGCCGGAAAUGGGUAUAUUCCGGCGGAUAUACUGAAAUUACAAGUGCUUCCUAUCAUAAAGAUGUCACCAAAAUAUGAAGGAAUAAUGUUGUGGUCUAAGUAUUGGGAUGAUACUACUGGAUACAGUCCUGCAAUUAUUAGUAGUAUAUGAUCGAAUUGUUGUGUUAUUCUUAUCAUCGUUCGUCAAACAUAUAAAUAUAUAAUACAACUUCGUAUAUCAGUAUAUGUAUUAAACGUCUUUCUUUAAAAUUAAAAUAACGUUUAUCAACUUAGGUUGCGGAGGUGGCUAUUGAGUUAUUUAAAUUAGUUUCGGACUGGGUUAAUUUAGGUCGAACUAUUUUCGAAUAAGACUCGUUAGGAUUGAUUUGGGUAUGGAUCGAGUUAAAAUAAUUUCGAUUCUAUUGCCAAAAUGUUUUAUUUUAAUAAAAUUGUUAUUUAAUAGAAAAAGAUUAGACACAAUUGAAUGCAACAAUCACUU